CUCGUCAACUCGCAGCCCAUCGACUUGCAACCCGCUUGCGACUCAUCGAUCCGCAGCCUCCCACGCACCAUGUCCAAGCACAUCUCCAACGCCUUUGCCGCCGCCAAGGCCCAGAACCGCCCCGCCUUUGUCACCUACGUGACCGCCGGCUAUCCCGACCCCUCCACCACGGUUGACACGCUGCUGGCUCUCCAGCGCGGCGGUGCCGAUGUCAUCGAGCUUGGCGUGCCCUUUUCCGAUCCCAUGGCCGACGGCCCCACGAUCCAGGAAGCCAGCUUUGUCGCCCUGGAGCACAAUGUCGAUAUUCCCAUGUGCCUCUCGUUUGUGCGUGAGGCUCGCCAGAAGGGCUUGACCGUCCCCGUCGUCUUCAUGGGCUACUACAACCCCUUCCUGAACUACGGUGACGUCAGGCUCAUGAAGGAGUGCCAGGAGGUCGGUGUCGAUGGCUUCAUCAUCGUCGAUCUUCCUCCUGAGGAGUCGCUCCGCUUCCGCAACCUCUGCUGCGACUACGGCCUGAGCUACGUCCCUCUGAUCGCUCCCUCGACCACCGAAGCCCGCAUCAAGCACCUGGUCAGCAUCGCCGACAGCUUCAUCUAUGUCGUCAGCGCUCUUGGUGUCACUGGCGUCCGUGCCACUGUCAACACCGCUCUCCCGACCAUCAUCUCCCGCAUCCGCAGCCAGAGCGACGUUCCGCUUGCCGUCGGCUUUGGUGUUGCCACCCGCGAGCACUUUGAGCUCGUCGGCCAGAUGGCCGAGGGUGUCGUCAUCGGCUCCAAGAUUAUCAACGUGCUCAAGACCUCUGAAAAAUCGGAGCGUGCCGCCAAGACCCAGGAGUAUGCCUCGUACAUCACCGGUCGUCAGGAUGUUCCCCCCCCCACCCGUGACGCCGCCAGCGGCUCUGGCUCCAAGAGCAUCAAGACCGAGUUCCUUGCCAACGAGCAUGUCGUUGCCGACCGCUUCGGCGACUUUGGUGGCCAAUACGCCCCCGAAGCCCUCGUGAACUGUCUCCAGGAAAUCGAAGCGGAGUACGCCAAGGCUGUCAAGGACCCUGAAUUCUGGAAGGAGUUCCAGUCGUACUACUCGUACAUCGGCCGCCCCUCCCCCCUCACCUUUGCCAAGCGUCUGACUGACCAGUGCGGCGGUGCUCGCAUCUGGCUCAAGCGCGAGGAUCUGAACCACACCGGCUCCCAUAAGAUCAACAAUGCCCUCGGCCAGGUCCUGCUCGCUCUGCGCCUCGGCAAGAAGCGCAUCAUUGCCGAGACCGGCGCCGGUCAGCACGGUGUCGCCACGGCCACCGUCUGCGCCAAGUUUGGUCUUGACUGUACCAUCUACAUGGGCGCCGAGGACGUUCGUCGCCAGGCGCUCAACGUCUUCCGUAUCCGCCUUCUCGGCGCCAAGGUCAUCCCUGUCGACUCGGGCUCCCGCACCCUCAAGGAUGCCAUCAACGAGGCCAUGCGCGACUGGGUUACCAACGUCGAAACCACCCACUACCUGAUUGGCUCUGCCAUCGGCCCCCACCCCUUCCCCACGAUUGUGCGCGAGUUCCAGUCCGUCAUCGGUCGCGAGACCCGCCAGCAGCUCCUGGAGCGUCAGGGCAAGCUCCCCGAUGCUGUCGUGGCCUGUGUCGGCGGUGGCUCCAACGCCAUCGGCAUGUUCAUGCCUUUUGCCGAGGACAAGAGCGUCCGUCUGAUUGGUGUCGAAGCUGCUGGUGAUGGUAUCGACACUCCCCACCACUCUGCCACCUUGAGCUGCGGCCGCCCCGGUGUUCUCCACGGAACCCGGACCUACCUCCUCCAGGACGACAACGGACAGAUUAUCGGCACCCACAGCAUCAGUGCUGGUCUUGAUUAUCCUGGUGUCGGCCCCGAGCACGCCUGGCUCAAGGACUCGCAGCGCGCCGAGUACGUCUCGGCCACCGAUGCCCAGGCCCUCAUUGGGUUCCGCUCGCUUUCGCAGCUCGAGGGCAUCAUCCCGGCCCUCGAGACCUCGCAUGCCGUCUACCAGAUCAUGGAAGUCGCCAAGACCCUCAGCAAGGACCAGGACAUUGUCCUCUGCCUCAGUGGUCGUGGCGACAAGGACGUCAUCUCCGUGGCCGAGGCUCUCCCCAAGCUCGGCGAUCAGAUCGGAUGGGACCUCCGCUUCGAAGGCGAUGCCAGCGCCAUGCAGCCCAAGACCCACUAAGCUGCUGCUGCUUACAGCGUUUCCAAAAUGAAAUGAGACACCCCCCCGUUUUCAACCAGGACUGUGUUUUUUUCUGGAACCUGAAUACACACCCAAUACAAUCGCGCGCUGGC